UAUAUAUUAUAUGUAUAUACACUUCUCUCUAUUCGUUUACUCUUUAUGGCAAAUGAUCUUCCUCGUGCAUCAUUUUCAUCGUUCAUCAUCGAUCUCUCGUUAAACUGUAAUAUCAAUUGAAAAUAAAAACGCGAGAGUAUUCGAGUGUUCUGCAUAUCCGUUUCGAAGUUGUUUACCAAAGACCCAAAGCACAUCUAUAUUUUCCUUCUUCUCUUCUUUAACACACUUUUAUAUAUAUAUAUGUAUAUAUAUAUAAAUACGUAUAUAUGCCUUGUUCUUCCUCUUUUUCCUCAGUUUUUUUUUCUCUCUCUUUUGCUUCGUUCCUGUGUGUUAUAUAGUGAUCAGUGCUAAGUGCCGUUUAACCGAGAAAGAAAGACAAAAAAUCUCUCGGCGUACGAGAAAUAGAUAAAUACAUAGAAAGAAAGACUGAAGUCUCGAAAUAAUACUCUCUUCGGUCGAACUUUAUAUAUAUAUAUAUAUAUGUAUAUAUAUAUAUGUAUUUUUUUUUUAUUUGUAUUGCUUUCUACAAGAAGAAGAUCGUUUAAGUAGUAUACGUGCAAAAAAAGACAAAGUGAAGAGAAAAAGAAGGACGAGAGAAAUACAUAAUACGUGAAAUUCUUCUCUUUGUGAUCACAGAGAGAGAGAGAGAGAAAGAGAAUAGAAUUAUAAAUACAUACAUAUCAUACGUAAUAUCAAGUUGUAUAAAGAGAGAGAGAGAGAGAGUGAAAGAGGAAGAUAGAAAAUUAUUUUUGAGGUUAGAAUAAAUCAUGGAUCUACUUUGUUGCGAACGAACGAGCGAGACAGAGUGCAGGGCGUAUGCUGAUCCGGCUUUGAUCGAGAACGAUCGAGUAUUACAAAAUCUUUUGAAGACAGAAGAGAGAUAUGCUCCAAAUAGUUCUUAUUUCGAGUGCGUUCAGAGGGACAUCUCGCCGCUCAUGCGCAAGAUCGUCGCCGAGUGGAUGUUAGAGGUAUGCGAAGAGCAAAAAUGCCAAGAAGAGGUCUUCCCCCUAUCGAUGAACUACGUCGACAGGUUCCUCUCGAUCUGCCCGAUCAGGAAAUCGCAGCUGCAACUAUUGGGAACGACCUGUUUACUCCUCGCAUCGAAAUUACGAGAAGCAUCUCCGUUAACAGCCGAGGUCCUUGUUUUCUAUACGGAUAACUCCGUUACUCUCGAUGAUCUCUGGAGGUGGGAACAGCUCGUAGUGUCAAAACUGAAAUGGGAGCUUUCAGCAGUGACGCCGGGGGAUUUCCUGAUACACAUUCUCAGCCGACUACCCGUAUCUCCUACCUGGGAUCACAUGAUGAUCUUAAGGCACGCACAGACCUUCAUAGCCCUAAGUGCAAGAGAGUACAAGUUUUCGAUGUAUACGCCUAGCAUGAUAGCAGCUGCGAGCAUCGCAGCAGCACUUCAUGGACUCGAUUGGACUGGAAAGAGCGGUUUUGGAUUGCGGGGCCUUUUUGAUGAGCUUACUCGCAUCACGGCUAUCGAACAGGAUUAUUUACGAGGAUGUUUGGAACAGAUCGAAGAGAUGGUCACACAAGUACAAGGUGGUCACGUAAACGGCGAUGGUAAUGCUAAUGGUGAUGCCGGUGUCGAUGGACAUCAAGUAGUCUCAAUGAGUGUUUCUAGUGGACAACAAAGGCCAUUGGGGGAACAAACAACAUCACAGGAGAAAAUGAUCGAACAUGAGAAGGCAGGUACGCCGACUGACGUCAGGGAUGUUCAUUUCUGAACAAAAAGAACGACGACGACGACGAUAACAACAACACCACCAACAGCAGCAGCAGUAGCAACAACAACAGCAACAACAACAGCAACAACAACAAUAACAGAUGCAAUAACAACAACAACAACAACAACAGCAACAAUACCAACAACAGCAAUAACAACGACAUCAAUAACAAUAACAAUAACAGCAGCAACGAAGUUAGAUACGUUAUUAUUGAGACAUUAAAACGAAAAGACACUUUAGAAAAGGAAAAUAAAAGAAGAUUGAAAUAAUAAUAUCGUCGUUGAACUUCGUCGUUUAUCUCCUCCUCUUUCUCAAAUAAAGAAAGAAAGAGAAAGAGAGAGAGACACAUGCAAAAAGAUAAAUAACUAGAUAGGGAUAGAUAGUUAAAAAGAAAGUGACGCCAUCACGAGACUUCGUAAUUAUGUAAAAUGUUUUUUCCUUUUAUUUUCUUUUUUUUUCUUUUUUUUUUCUUUUUUUUUCUUUUUUUUUCUUUUUUUUUUCUUUUUUUUUUUUUUUUUUUAUUUUUUUUUUUUAUAUUAAGAAGUGGGCGUGCUGUGGGGGAAGGCAAUGCAAUACGCUUUACGCAAUCGUUUAUUAAGUUUUUUUUUCUUUCUUUCUUUUCUUUUAUUUUAUUUUAUUUUCUUUUCUCUCUUUUUCCCCUUUUUCCUUCGUUCGUGUUUAAGGAUCAUUUAUCACUUAAUAUUUAGUCCGAUGAGAAAAAGAUAGACAAACAGAGAGGGGGAGAGAGAGAGAGAGAGAGAGAGAGAGAGAGAGAGAGAGAGAGAGAGAGAGAGAGAGAGAGAGAGAGUGAGAGAGAGAGAGAGAGA